GCACACACAGCGGAGACGCGUCCGGAGAUUACACGCAUACACAGCUUUUACUUGUGAGAUGUGCGUCUCGAUCGGCGGCGGAUACGCAAAGAUCCCCGCAGACACAGAACAUUUUACAUCUGGAUUAUUCAUCAUUGGGGAUUUAUACUGUUUCCCGCGGACAAACCCCCGAAACAUGUCUCAUUCUUUGCAUACUUGAGGAGUGACGACAACUUUCCUCCUUUUCGGACUUCGCCACACUAAUAAUAACGGGCAACGUGGAGCUGAGAGAGAAAAGCGUAGUAACGGAUUUAACAACGCAAAUGGAUCAAUUUCCCGAUCAGGAUUUGCAAUUUUAAGCAGCAGGCAGUUUGGAGUGGAGUCUCUGCGGCCGGCGGUUUUGGGUUUUGGGGUUGGGGUGGGGGGGUACCAAGCAAUGUUAUCUGCGGAGAUGCGUUGUUUGCUGAGGUUCCUCUCCGCGGAUGUUGCAGCUCGCUUGGGCUGCGCACGGUGCCUUUGGGUGGCUGUGAUUGGACCGGACACUGACUGGGGCUGACUGAUGUUUGUUUCGGGAGGAAAUGUUUCGGGGGGGUUGGGGGGGAGGAGAUCAAUGUGAGUUACUGGCGCACGCGAUCGGAGAGGAUUGCCGGUCUUCGCGAGCACACCUUAUUACUAUGAGAAACGGAGGAAGACAUGCAGGAUGUUUUGUCUUGGAUUUAAAUUCAAACCAGACCGGAAACAUCUGCCUACCAUCAGACAUUGAUGGAUAAUUAAUGUGAUGCGUUUUGUUGCCUUUGCAAACUGUUAUGAGAUUGUUACAAGUGGAUGUGGAUAGUGUUUGUUCUUGCACUACAGUUUUUUCCCUCUUCUUGACUAUGAUGCAUGGGACUUUGAUAUUGCAUCAUUUGUCUCAUAAAGGAUCUUUUUUUUGGACUAUUGCACCUCAACAACUAUAUCUCACCUGGACUUUUAUUCUGAAAUAACAACUGAAGUUGUUGGACUUUACAACAACAUUUUGCCUCAUUUUUAAACGCACUAAAAUGUGUUCACAAAUGCCCGGCAACAUGGCAGUUAACUGGGUUUUAUAUUCUGUUUUUUUGCUACCACUGUUCGCAGUGGGGACAGCUUUCUCCGGGGUCUUCAACGCCACGGACAGAGACAUUUUCACAGAUGACUUGCUGCAGGUCAAGCUCACACAAGCCAGAGCGACUGAGCAGUGGAAACUCCGGUCCUCUGAUUCCCAUCCCAACCUAUAUUUUAACCAAGUAGAUGUGUUGCACUUGAGGCAAAGGUCCUCCACCACCCACAGUCACAUAUUUAAAGUCAUCCGGGCUGCUGCGCUCACCAUGUUGGCAAAUGUUCCCAUUUACAUGCCGCCUGUGAAACAUGCAGAGUUUACAAGCAAGUGGAAUGAGAUUUAUGGCAACAACCUGCCUCCCCUGGCUCUGUACUGCCUGUUGUGCCCAGAGGACUCUGCUGCCCUGCAGUUUCUUAUCAAAUUUAUGGAUAGGAUGGCUGAAUACCCCGACUGGAAGGUGACCAGUGCUCCUACCGACGAGGUCCCCACUGCGCACUCUCUCACUGGGUUUGCUACAGCUUAUGACUUUAUUUACUCCUACCUGGAUGAGCGGCGGAGGGAUGUUUACCUCAAGAAAAUUCGCUCUGAGACGGAGGAGCUGUUUGACAUCUCAAAGCACAGGGGGUGGGGGAAACAGUACCUCCAAAAUCAUCAAACCACCAACAUAUUAGCCGUCCUGAUCGGUGCAAUUGUGGUCGGAUCACAUGACGACCGGGAGUCAAUGAUCUGGAAACAAGUGGCAGUGAACUACAUGGAGAAAACUAUGUUCCUCCUAAACCAUGUUGUCGAUGGGUCUCUGGAUGAGGGAGUAGCCUAUGGGAGCUACACAGCCAAGUCCAUCACACAGUAUGUCUUCUUAGCUCAGCGCCACUUCAACAUCGACAACCUGCAGAGCAACUGGCUGCGGGGACACUUCUGGUUUUACUACGCCACUCUGUUGCCGGGCUUUCAGAGAACAGUUGGCAUCGCCGACUCCAACUACAACUGGUUUUAUGGACCGGAGAGCCAGCUUGUUUUCCUCGACACAUUCGUCAUGAGGAACGGCACGGGCAACUGGCUGGCUCAGCAGAUUAGAAAGCACCGGCCCAAGGAUGGUCCCAUGGGGUUUUCGUCUGCCCAUCGCUGGGCUACUCUUCACACAGAAUACAUCUGGUACAACUCCCACCUCGCGCCGCAGCCUCCCCACGACUUUGGGAAAGCUAGGAUGCAUAUUUUCUCAAACUGGGGUGUGGUUACAUACGGAGCAGGCCUACCGAACGCCCAGGGUAAUACUUUUGUCUCCUUUAAGUCUGGCAAGCUGGGUGGCCGUGCCGUCUAUGACAUCGUCCACGACAAGCCUUACUCCUGGGUGGAUGGCUGGAACAGCUUUAACCCAGGUCACGAGCACCCCGAUCAGAACUCUUUCACCUUUGCCCCUAACGGACAGGUAUUUGUGUCGGAAGCACUUUAUGGUCCAAAGUACAGCUACCUUAACAACGUCUUGGUGUUCAGUCCGUCUCCCACCAGCCAGUGUAACACGCCGUGGGAGGGUCAGUUGGGGGAGUGCGCUAAGUGGCUGCGCUGGACCGAUGAGGGGGUGGGUGACUCCAGAGGGGAGGUGAUUGUCGCCUCCUCACACGGGGACACCAUGUUUGUGAGCGGGGAGGCGGCGUCGGCUUACUCCCCCGCUAUGAGACUAAAGAGUGUGUACAGAGCUUUAGUCCUGCUGAACUCACAGACCCUGCUGGUGUUCGACCACGUAGAGAGGUGGAGUGAUUCACCUGUGACGUCCCUCAGUGCUUUUUUCCACAAUCUUGACAUUGACUUUAAAUAUGUCCCUUUCAGAUUCAUGGACAGAUAUAAUGGCGCCAUGAUGGAUGUGUGGGACGCUCAUUAUAAAAUGUUCUGGUUCGACAGCCAGGGUCACAGCCCUGAUACCAGGAUACAGGAGGCAGAGCAGGCGGCGGAGUUUAAAAAGAGGUGGACUCAGUAUGUCAAUGUCACUUUUCCAGUGACGGGCACAGUCAGCAGAGUAGCUUACGUGUUACACGGCCCAUAUGUCAAAGUGUCCAGCUGUAGAUUUGUGGAUGAUAGCAAAAACGGAGUGAGACUUUCUUUAACCAUAAAUAACACAGAGAAGAUAGUCUCCAUUGCGACAAACUACAAAGACAUCGGAGCCAGGUUGACUUAUUUAGGAUUUGGAGGUCACUGUAAAGUUGAGGAUAGAUAUCAAAUCACUCGAUAUGGCCUUGGGACUCAACUCAUCCCCAAACCAAUCAGCAGUAAUAAUCAGCUGUUUGACUUUGGCUUCACAGUCAAUGUGAUAGCAGGGGUUGUCCUCUGCGUGGCCAUAGCAUUGCUGACCAUACAGAGAAAGUUUUAUGUCUGCUUCAGCAGGCUGAUGCGUUACACCCUCCUCUCUGUGCUCAUUCUGUGGAUAGCCGAGCUGCUGUUUGUGUCUAACAGCUGCGAUCAGCUCCUCUGUGGGGUGAAAUGGAAAGUUGCGGGUGCCAAAAGCGAAGUAAACAAACAAAUCAGACUGUACGAGCAGAACCGGCUCCCCCUGCCCACCGUCAUCAUAACAACCCUUCCCGGAUCGGGAUCGGAAAUGCUCAAGCACCUCUUCUACAACAGCUCGGACUUUGUUUACGUACGAGUUCCCACCGAGCACAUGGACAUUCCUGAGACAGAGUUUGAGUUCGACUCCCUGGUCGACGCCUGUGAGUGGUCAAGGUCAGACGCCGUGCAGGGACGGUUUAAGAUUAUUCAGGGCUGGUUGCAUUCACUGGUCCACAACACCAAGCUGCACUUGCAGAAUAUUCAGCUGGUAGAGGGCAGCAGGGUCAGGCAGGCCCAGAGAGUCAGCCCCUCCAGGGACAGGAAGAAAAGAUCCAGGAGGAGAGAGCCGGAGUCUGAGCUGAAGGGCAAACUGAGAGCGAGCCUGGACAGAGAUGCGGAGUAUGUGAGGGAGAUGAGACGGCAUGUUGCGGAGUACCCCAAUGCCCGGGUGGUCCUCAACAUGCGGAGUGGAAGCUGGGUGCUCAAGCUGCCUUUCAUUCAGGAGGUCGUGGGCUCUUCCCUGAGGACAAUCUACCUGGUGAGAGACCCUCGGGCGUGGAUUUAUCUCAUGGUUUAUAACAGCAAACCCAGCCUUUACACCCUUAAAAACAUCCCGCAGCACCUUUCCUUGAUAUUCAAGGAGGACGCUGCCGGUGACGGGUGCCCGACAACGGCGCCGGAGUUUAAAAUAAUCCAGAGGCUGCUGUCCCGUUCUGAGACUGACCCCAUCCUCAUACUGGCUCAUCUGUGGCUGGCUCACACCGCGGCAGCACUCCGAGUCAGCGAGAGCCUCCCCGAGGAGUCCUACCUCCAAGUGAGGUUUGAGGACGUGGUCAACUUCCCGCAGGAGACGGCGGAGAGCAUACACACGUUUCUGGGGGUGCCUGUCUCGCCCGCAGCCCUCAACCAACUUCUAUUCACCACCUCCACGAACCUGUACAAUCUGAUGUACGAAGGAGACAUUUCACCAGCCAACAUUAACACGUGGAGACAAAAUAUGCCGCGAAAGGACAUCAGACUAAUAGAAGACGUGUGUGGGAGUGUGAUGAGGAGGCUGGGCUACACCAGUUAACUUGCUGCUGCUGCUGGUCAGCUGAUAUUGAGCUGCCAUCGAGUUCUGUAAAGGUUUUUUUUUUUUUUUUUUUGCACUGACCUUACAUUUAAAAAAAUAUGUUACAAGUUGAGGAGAAACUGAGUAGCAUUUCCAUCUUUUUCCUGUUUGUUGUGUUUGUUUGGGUGUUGUACAGACUACAACAACAGAUGUUUGUGAGGGAGGAAUAUUUUACAUUAAAAUAGGUGAAAGGGAGCUCAUGUUAUUCUUUUCCUCUCAGCAGCCCUUCACACUCACUGGUAACACUUUUCUUUUUUAUUGAGUGAGACUUUAGACCUUUGCUGUCUUACGUGUCAGGUUUAAUUAAAUUUGUGCAUAUACAUUUUGUUAUUGCGGCAUCCUACAACAGCUCACUUUCACAGUGAAGAUUAUUUGCUGUUUGUCUUAGUAAGAGAUGAGAAAUGAGAGUUUUGCCGAUCCCUAAUCUGUGAUGCCAGAGAUGUUUGUGCAAAAUCUAUAUCUGUUAUAACUGGCUCAUUAGCUUUUUUGGGGGGGCGGGCAGGGAGGGGAUCAAGAGAUAUUUACUGGUUUGAAACAGAUUCAUUAUGAAGCUCAUUAAGGAGUAAGACUCGUACUUAUUGACAGUCUUCUAAUUUGUUGCUCUGGGAGAGAAUUUUCAAAGACCAAUUUGGCUGUCAUGAAUUCAAUAUCUGAACUUCUCGUGUUGUUUCCCUUUAAAACUACAAAAUGCUGCAAAUGUCGUUGGCAAAGCAGAGAAAAAGAAAGUGUUGCUUUAUUGCUCUAAUCUAGACGUGUGAAUGAUACGGAUUGUAUUGUCAUUACAUCAGUGGAGGGAUUUUAUUUGAAGCUCAAAUAUGCCUCGGUGGCUUGGUGGCUUAGCACUUUCGCAGGGACUCCUUUGAUUGUAUGCGGGAUUCAGUGCAUUUUCCAAAGCUAACUCUACUUUAUGUACUCGAUUAGCUUGGAAAUAUAAAACCUCUGAAGAUAUGUGAACCUCUGAAGAUAUUACGUGUAGAAGAAAGAAAGUUAGAAGUAUUUAUGGGUUCCAAAGACACGUAUCCCAAAGGAUCUGGACUGAAUAUGAUUAUUAUAACUCCCUUUGGCAUUUAUUGAAUUAGAUCAGAGGAAAGUGCUUAAUAGGAAUCAAACUGGAAAAAAAAAGAAAAACCUGUCAUCCUUGACACAUUUCUAGUCAAAGUAAUUUCCAAAGCAUCCCCCACAGCUACUCAUAUUAAUCUGCAAGAUGCCAUAACUGAGGCUUACCCUGUGUUUUAUUGUUGUGCUGUUUUCAUGAUAAAAGCCUGAAGGAUAUGCAAACAAUUUUCGAUUUCCUGCCAUGGUCAAGCAGAUAUCCAAUGAUUUUUUUUUGGGCCUUUGUCUUGAGAGAGUUCAGCGAGCAGUGGACUUAACAAGGACUGAGCAGGGGAUGAUUAUUAAGUAUCGCUAAAGGAAAAAACAAACAAACUCAGAGACCAUUGUGAUGUUGUGCUCUUUGGCCUGGGCUCCACAGUAACCUUUGAUGCUGUCCUGCUUAAACAUGUAUGUACUGUAAAAUGGAUCACAUGUAACAUGCAGAUGGUUCACUCAAUUAUAGAUCGUCCCCACGCAUCUGUACACAAAAAAAAAGAAGAAAGAAAUCAUACUGUGCCCAUUUAGAAACUUUCCUCAGCUGGAGACAGUCCUGUUUGUUUUCCUUUCUACAGACACUGAAACCCUUGACUGCCUGGAAAAACCUGUUUGAUGUUUGUGAUCUUUGAAUGUGUAGACUUGGCAGACAUGCUUUCACUUUGGUGUUGCAAUCCUGUUACCAACUCUGUUUUGUAUUUGCUCGUGGGGAUAUGGCUCCUUGCUUCUGUGGCCUUGAAUUACAAUCAUUUUCUUUAUUAAAGGUUUUCUGUGGGCUCUGGAGAAAGCGGUGGAAAUACUGUAAAGAAUAUAAUAAAUUCAUAAAUAUAUCGUC